AUCACUUACUUGACUGCUUCUUGUGUAGUGGUACAGUUAUAAAUUGAAGAUAAUGUGUUGACUUUAUCAUGUAAAAGGUAAUGAAUAACUAAACUGUUCUUCUUUGAGCAGGAUAGUCAAAAUAGAAAGAGACAACAUUGACAUACACAUCCAAGCAAUGUCUCAAGCUCCAAUGGAUAUCAGUAAUGUGGAUGAACAAUUAUGUGAAGGUCAGCAGCAUGUGGAAAACAGAGACCUGGAUCAGCUGAAUAUCUCUGAGAAAUCAGGACAUCGCUGUGACCACUGUGGAAAGGGUUUUAAGAGCUCUUACUGUCUGAAAAGACACCUGCCUUUCCUCUGCUAUGAGUGUGGGAAGCGAUUCAGGCAGAGUGGACAUUUGGAUCAGCAUCUAUACAUUCACACCGGCGAAAAGCCUUUCGUCUGCCAUCAGUGUGGGAAAAGCUUUGCUCGUAGAUCUUCUCUGAGAACCCAUCUACAUAUCAACACCAGAGUCCCUACAUCUGCAGGAGGUGUGGAAAAAGCUUCAGACCAUUGAAAUCUGUGCAACAUCAUCUGGAAAUUGACACAAGAGAAGAAAAUCCUACCAUAGCAGAGGCUUCACUUCCUGUUUGGUUCUCAUGCUUCUCCUUAUCUGAGACCAAAGC